CACACACACAUAUAUAUAUACACACACACAUACACAUACACAUUCAUGUGUUUGUUGUUUGUUAGAGCCUCGUUGUGACAAAACCCAUGUGCUCAUUUUUCUCUCAUUCAACAUGGCAGAUGUUAACAUUGAUUCUCUGAAGAUUUGUGCUCAACAGGCGGAAAAUGAAAUCAACAAAAUUGAAACUGAAAUUGCAGCGUUGAAGAAGGGAGAGGUCAUUGCAGGUGGAAGCAUGGCAUUACCACCAGAAGUAGAAGCACUUCAGUCAGAAAAUGUUAAACUCCAGUACCAACUUGACCAUUUGAAAAGUAGUUUUGCCAAGGAGCAGAUGAAAGAAAGUAACCACAUGAUAUGUCUAAAUGUUCUCAUGGAGCAGAUCUUUGCCCUUGCUAUUCAAGAUGCUUAUCCUGAUCUGGGUUCUGAAGCCCCUGUCAUGCUCACUCCUACCAAUAAACCCAACUUUGGCGAUUACCAAUGCAACAGUGCCAUGAGUAUUUGCCAGCUGCUGAAGAGUAAAGGUGUAAAAGUUAAUCCAAGGGAAGUGGCCCAAAAUAUCUUGAACCAUCUCCAGAAAACAGAAUAUAUCGAAAAGACGGACAUAGCUGGCCCAGGAUUCAUCAACAUCUUUUUGGCUAAGAAUUAUGUAUCAAAGCAGAUCAGCAAACUUUUAAAGAAUGGAGUCCAGCCGCCUUACAUUGCCAAAAAGUGUAAUGUUGUCAUUGACUUCUCAUCUCCAAAUAUUGCCAAGGAAAUGCAUGUUGGACAUCUCAGGUCUACGAUCAUCGGUGAUGCCAUUGCUACAUUGUUGGAAUGGGUUGGUCAUGAUGUCCUACGUUUGAACCAUCUUGGUGACUGGGGCACCCAGUUUGGUAUGCUCAUUGUCCAUCUUCAAGACAAAUUCCCAUCAUUUGAGAAAGAGUCACCAGCAAUUUCUGACCUGCAAGCAUUCUACAAGGAAUCUAAAGUGCGGUUUGAUAAUGAACCUGAGUUUAAAAAACGUGCUUAUGAGGCUGUCGUGAAGCUGCAGAGUUAUGAUCCACUUCAUCUUGAUGCAUGGAAGAAAAUCUGUGUCAUUUCUCGCCAAGAAUUUGAGAAAAUCUACUCAGCCCUCAACAUUAAAAUUGUGGAUCGGGGAGAAUCUUUCUACCAAGACAGAAUGCUAAAGCUUGUCUCUCAGUUGCAGUCUUCAGAUAAACUUGUGUCUGAAGAAGGCAUGAAAGUGAUUUUUACUCCAAAUCAGAAGGUUCCAUUGAUUGUUGUAAAAUCUGAUGGUGGUUUUACCUAUGACACUUCCGACUUAGCUGCCAUUAAACAGAGAUUGUUUGAGGAGAAAGGCAAUUGGUUGAUUUAUGUUACUGAUGCUGGACAGUCUACUCACUUUACCACACUCUUUGAAGCAGCUGAGAUGCUGGGAUGGUAUGACAAAUCCGUGGUUCGUUGUCAACAUGUUGGUUUUGGUGUUGUCCUUGGUGAAGACAAGAAGAAAUUCAAGACCAGAUCUGGAGACACGAUACGUCUUCAGGACUUACUCCAGGAAGGGGUCCAUCGUGCUGAAUUGAAACUGAAAGAGAAGGGACGUGAUGAGGUCUUAACUCCAGAGGAACUUGAACAAGCAAGGAAGUCCAUUGCCUAUGGCUGUAUCAAGUAUGCAGAUUUAUCUAAAAACUGUACCCAUGACUACGUUUUCUCUUUUGAUCGGAUGCUGGAUGACCGUGGAAAUACAGCUGCAUAUCUAUUGUAUGCCUACACCAGAAUACGGUCAAUUGCCCGUCUUGCCCAAGUUUCCAAAAAGACACUGCAGCAGGAAGCACUCACCUGUACCAUUGAUUUGAGCCACGAGAAGGAAUGGAAGCUGGCCAAGUGCAUUAUGCGUUUUGCCGAUGUGAUCCAGAAAGUGUUGGGUGACCUCCUCCUUCAUUCUGUCUGUGACUAUGUUUAUGAACUGGCAACAGUCUUCACAGAAUUCUAUGACCAAUGCUACUGUAUCGAGAAAGAUCGCCAAACAGGCGAGAUCAUUAAAGUAAACAUGAGCCGUUUGCUGCUAUGUGAAGCAACAGCCAAUGUCAUUGGUACUAUCUUCUUCAUCCUUGGUAUCCAACCUGUCGACAAGAUGUAAUGGUGAAGACCAAAUUAUUUUAUCCUCCAUUUACACACACAUAUAUAUAUAUAUAUAUGAUUUUUAUGAAUAAGCUGGAUAAUUUCCAAAUAAUUUCUUUGUGGGGAAAAUAAAUAUAUAUUUACCAGG